GACAUGUUUCGUGAGACCCCGUUGUUUUGUAUCAAGAAAAUGCAAUGGCCGCCAUCUUCGACUCUUGUGAAUGUUUUGGUCGUAGUUACGAACUUUGAGGCCUAUUUCAUUUGUGAUAUGCAAUUAUUUGAUGGAAAUUGUUUCGCUACAUUGUAAGUGUUUUCAAGUCUUUUCCGCACAGUCACAUGAAAUAAAUUUGGAGGCCGAGGUGCUCUCCAAGGCGUCAUCUCGGGCUUGACCCAAGAUGAUAGUAUUUACAGUAUGUCAGCUACAUCAGAACAUGAACCAGUGGCCCGGCAAGAUUACGGGCCGGCCACCUCCAGUGAAAAUGUGUAUGAACAUGUAUUGGAACAUAAACUAACAGAUACUAUGAACGUACCAAAUGUUAGACCCCCUGUCUUGAGGGCAGUUCCCCUGUCUCCCACCGAGGGCGACCCCGAGCCAGACUCCACUAAUCCUGAAAGCAUUAUUCAAUCUGUACACAAAGUAGAUAAAGAAGUAGAAUAUCACAUCGCUGAGAAAAGGUGUGAUACAGAGAUGUCAGUAGACUCCAUUUCUGGGAUUGUCAGAAUAGAGGAGACUAUCGAUAAUGUGAGUCACAUUGCCUACCCCAUAAUACAAGAAGCAGAUGACUCAAACGAUGGCAACUAUGUUGAAAACUCAGCAACACUCAUUCAAGCCCCCUUGAAUACGGCAAUCGUACACAACGUUGCGAAACUGCCCCAGAACUUCACAAUAAAUGUUGAUCCGUCAGUGGCCAACAUCACAGCGAUACACAAUGUCUCUCAAGACGUUUCUGGGGCCCAAACUCUAUGGCUGCCCACAAUCCUUGCUACCAGUGCUACAACUUCAGACAGUAAGAGCGACGAGGAUCGCCCACAGGCCGGCGUUUCUCAAAUAAUUAUAAGCGACAGUUACGUUAAUGACGCCAGCCAGGCGGGCCGCAGAGCGAAUAUCGUUACAGAAACUAGUUAUAUUAGCAGACCUAAGACUUCGAAAGUUCAAAUACUAAGCAAUAUAUCUCUUCCCAAAAGUGCUAACUAUUCCCAACAGUAUAUCACUCAGAGUAAAGAGAUCACAACCCCUGUUUACGGAACUCAGAAUCAUAUUUAUAAGUUGGGUCCCAACGUAGUGUCCCAGAAGCAUUUAGGUAACUCGGUGCUUUGCACAAAACCUCAGAAGAACCAGUCGUUGAUCGGGUGUUCGACGUUAUCACCCAACGUACUGAACAGCAGUCCAGUGAAAAGCGUUUCCUACAGCCACUCCUUCGCGAAAGGCACAAACUUAAACAAGACAUUAAAUAAAGUAAACAACGGUGCUAACAUAAACGCUAUGGUGGCCGCAUCGUCCGGGAACACGCAAUGCCAUAUUUUAUCGCGCGUCGUGUCCGGGCCCAACAAGAUGUCGGUCCACUCGGGAAGAAAGUCCGUCAACACGUUCAAGAGCUCGAAGAGCUCGAGCCAGGUGUCCGCCCAGAAGAAUCAGUCGAGGGCGAUCAAAAUAAUACAGCAGACCGGGACCGUCAACAAGUCCGAGACCAAGACCUGGCCCGUCGCCAGCGUGACGUACAAAGCGCAACAGCCGGCGUACGGCGUAGUCGAAGCGAGUCCGUCGAAGAUAAUACAGAAGGUCGGCAGUCCGACCAAUAAGGCUCCGCAGCCGAUGUCGUUGCAGAAGUUUCCCGCGAAAGGCGAGCGCCUCGUGCUCCAGUCGCCGUGCGGGCCCGUGCUCAUCUCCACCGCGCCCAUCAGCACCAGCCUGGGCAAAGCGCCCCACUACGUCCAAUCCGGCGCCACCCCCAACCUGCGCUACGUCCAAACUUACGGCACCGCCGACAACCCGCUCACUACGGUGUCCCAGGUGUCGGCUAAUCAACAGCUGACCGCGCAAAUACUGCAGUCGCUGUCGCAGCCCAAGCUAAUGCUCGCACCGGCGCCGCCCGCGAUCGUCACCCACUCCCCGCCCGCUCCGACAGUUCUGCCGGCGGAGGAACCGCUGGAAGUCAAACCGAGCGGCAACAACCAGAGGAGGAUCGUAUUCGUGAAGAGGUUCGGCAGGAUCACAGUGCACCCUGCGCUGGACCCGAGCGGCCUGUACACCACGAGACCACCAGCGUGUGACCCCUGCCUCUACCAUCCGCAGCCUAUCCACAAAAUCUUCGAAGUUAACAGAAACUCUAAGACCGACAAAGAUCCAUGGCGGUACAAAAAGGAAUUGGAAGACUGGGCAAAAAAUUUAGGUUACAGAAAUCAAUCCAUUCUAGACAAACGACGGUGGCAACAAUCACUACUAGGUCCAGCGUGGCACGACGUACCUGAAAUGCCGAAAUACGAAGCCGCAUGCAAGAAUGUUGGUUUUGGCAGGACACCCCGAUACAAACCGUCGAAGAAUAGAAUACCUGGUCCAGGCACCUAUUACAAGGCUGUUCCGUUUAAAGCACCCUACGGUCCCCACUCCACCCGACCAUCCUUCGAGCGUGAGGAGCCCUGUCGGUUCAAAGACACUUGCCCCAGAUGGUCACUAGCUCCAGACCGUUACAGAAUCGUGGACAAAGAAAGCAUAGAGCAGAAAUCUAAUAAAAUCGUUUCUCUUAGGGGACCAUACGAUCUUUUCACAGGCAAACGAGACGGUUCCUCCAUAAAGAAUCAUUUUAAUAGGUCCAUGAGAGUUUCUGCUGCUACUUGGCCCAUAGCAUUACGAGGUUCCUUGGAAAAGUAUAAGAAAAGUCAUUUCGGUACGAUGAAUAAAACGAAUCGAAGCAAGCCCUAUCGAGGGCGGAAUGCUUUAGUCGAUUUGUCUAUGUGUUUAAGGAGGCCGGAGGAGCCUGGGCCAGCUCACUUGAACAUCGACAAACCGAAGGUAUUUAAGCAAAAUAAGUGUGGAUUUAAUAGCUCAUAUGACAAGCCUCCAGGGUACAAACGGGUGAUCGUAUGGCCCGGCGUUGGGAGAUACAGCGUCAAGGACGAUACCCAGGACAGCCUUCCGAACUACAUCUCCCAGCAGUACCAGGGCCAGGACUCUGGAGCACCCAGUCCCGAGUCUUGCACGUUCCAGCCUGCUGCACAGAGGUUUCGGUUGAACGAGCAAAGAAUCAAACUCCUCACCUCCAUAAACCAAGUCGUCCAGCAGCGAGCAGAGCUCGAAUCCAACCGGAUAACUCUCUCCGGGCUCCUGGACGAGUUGAGGAAGAAACUCAAGAGGAGGAUAGAGGAGUGCCAGUUUGAGAAGAGGGAGAAGAUGAAGGCUCUGAAACAAGCCAACGUCCGCCUGGAGAAAGAGAAGUACACCCUGAUGUCAGACAUCGAGCACAUGAAGCGACAUCUUCAGAGGGAAGAGGCGCACCAUGUCAAACAUGUACGGACAUGUGUAGCUCAGGCGGACAACAAGCUGGCUGCCGCGCGACUGAUGCGCGACAUCGCCGAGCUGAGGCAACGGGUGGCUCAGGUGGAGGCCCGUCUUGCCAACGAGCUAAAGCGUAAACGGCAGGCUGAGCUCGACAUUGUGCGACUGAGGAAGGAGCUGUCAGCCACGAAGAGCUGCGUGGCCUCGCUGCGGCUGCCUGGGAGGCCGCUGAGAAAAGUAAUACANUCGCUCGCGCUCAUAAUGCUGGACCACACGUACUCGCUGCCCGCGCAGAAGCAGCCCGCGCCCGCUUCGCCCGCCCCCGCGCCCGCGUCCGCGUCCGCGCCCGCGCCCGCCAGCCCGCUCAGGCGCGCCUCGCCCGUCAUCGUGCCCGCGCCCGCGCCCGCUUAUGACGCGCCCGCGCCCGCGCCGCUCGUCGCCGCACCAGUAAUAGCGGCCCAGCCCGCCGCGCCGCUUGCGCCCGAGCCGCCGCCGCAGCCCGCGCCGGACGACGACGCCGCCUCCGUCAUCUCGUCGCUCGACGGCGAGCGGCCGGCGCAGGGCGGCAGCGACACGGAGACGGCGCCCGAGGGCGAGGACGAGGGCAGGACGCGCUGCAUCUGCGACUUCACGCACGACGACGGCUACAUGAUCUGCUGCGACCGCUGCGGCGAGUGGCAGCACGUGGACUGCAUGGGCGUCGACCGCGCCAACAUCCCCGACGCCUACAUGUGCGCGCUGUGCCAGCCGCGCGCCGUGGACCGCCGCCACGCGCGCGCCAUCCAGCUGCGCAAGCGCGAGGAGCUCAGCGCGCUCGGCGCCUCCGACACCGACUCGUCCGACGGCCGCGCGCCCGGCCCGCGCCGCAAGCGCCUGCUCACCGUCACCACCUACACCGACACCUCCGGCGCCUGCGUCACCACCUACAACUCCAGCCUGCCCGCGCUGCCGCCGCCGCCGCAGCCGGCGCUCGCGCUGCCCAAGCGCGGCCCCAAGCGGCCCAGGAAGGCCGAGGCGGUGCGCAAGGGCGCCAAGCGGAAGCUGGUCGAGAAGCGCGUCAAGCGCAAGAAGGAGAUGCUCAUGAACCGGAGCAAGUACGCCUCGGGCGUGGCGAGCCAGGCCAGCCACUGGCAGGAGGCCUUCGAGCUCGCCGUCACCAAUCACUACAGCCCCGAGCUGCGCGCCAAGAUCGUGAAGUACAGCGGCCGGCUCGGCAACACGCCCAACAUGGCGUCCGCCGUCACCGCGCACCUGUGCGCCAACGUGCCGCACGCCGGCGGGAAGAUACUCAUCGCCACCAAGGACCUCAAGGAGAACACUCCGAUCAUUGAACUCCGCGGCAAGUACAUGCUGUCCAACCAGCACCGGCCCCAGCUUCAGAACUCCGCCCGCGCCGGAAGUCAGAAGCCGGGACCGUUCGUGUUCUUCUACAGACUGCCGAAAGACAACACUCAGAUAUGCAUCGACACGAGGACGUACGGCAACGAAGCCCGAUUCGUCCGGAGGUCGUGCAAGCCGAACGCGGAACUGCAGCACUGCAUCGUCAAGGGCGCCCUGCACGUGUACCUCGUGACCAUAGGUAUAAUCCAGUCCAACACCGAGAUAACCAUCGGCCACGACACGGACGGCAGCAAGCAGCCGUGCGCGUGCGGCAACCCCAAACAUUGCAAGAUCAACGGCCUCAGCCCGAUGAUGACCAGAAAGAGCGUCGAUUACCCGCCCCGAGAGAAGAGAAGUAGAAACAGGUGCCUUAGCUCAUCCUCUCCGAUGUCACCGCCCCUGGAGCCGCCGUCGACGCCCGUCAAGGAGUUUCCCCCGAGCCUUCCGAUCAAGACCGAGAAGAAGUCUCCGGUGAAACACGAAUACCCGCCGAUGUCGCCGGUUAAAGUGCCGCUGCCGGCCGCGCUGGCCUGCGACGAGCCGCUUAAAGCGGAGCCGCCCGUCGUGGAGGACGUGAAGCCGGUGAUAGAUCUUAUCGCCAAAGAGGAGCUGAAGCCUGAGAUCGACGAGCCAGACUUUGUCAAAUCCGAGCCCAUAGUUGAGGAGAAGCCCGAGGAGCCGGUCUUGAAAACUGUCAUUGAAAAAGUGGAGGCACCUGCGGAACCGGAGCCGAUUAUUGAAGAACCGAAACCUCAGAAACCUCAAGUUGAAGAAGUUAUAAAAGAGGAGGUGAAACCUGAGCCCGAGCCCGUUUCGUCCGACGACGAGAAGCCCGAACUCCCGGAGUUGAAGGAGAAAGAAAAAGAACGGGAGAGAGAGAGAAAGCCGAAGGACGAACCGAAAUCGGAGCCGAAAAUCGAGCCGAAGAUUGAGGACGAAAGACCGAUGACGCGGGAACUUGCCGCCAAAUCGGCUUGUCACGAUCGCUCAUCGCGCUCCAGCCGCACGUGCGUCAAUCAGGACAGCUUGGAUGACAAGACUGACGACUCUCAGGAUAAAAUACAAACUAUCAGCAAAGAUAAAGACAAGAAGAAAAUGACUCGAGAGGAGCGCAAAAUGGAGGCGAUAAUGAAAGCGUUUGAGCGGAUGGAGAAGGCACAACAACGCAAACAGGAGGUUAAGGAGCGGCAGCGGCGCCGCGAGUCCGACCCGCCGCCUGGCGCCGAUCGAGACGACGACGACGACCAUGCCGCCACCAAGAGGCGCCGCAAACGCAAAGGCCGCGCGCGCACUACGUCACAGUCCAACCGACGGCGACUAAACUCGGCCGACAGCGACAUGGUGACGUCAGGCGACGAGGGCCCGCCGCUGUCGCCGCCGCGCGCGCUGCACCCGCUCCCGCACCCCCUCUCACACCCCGAACCGCAUCCAGCGGUCACCGACACGGCGCAUGAGGACCUCGGCCUAAGCUCGGCGUGCCUGCUAGUCGAGGCGGCCGUGGGCUCCGUGGAGUCCGCCUUCAAGCUGCCCAAGACCAAGAAGACGAUGGCCACCGAGUGGGUCGGGCGCUCGCCCGAGCGGACGCCUUCGCCCUACCGCUCGCCCUACCGGCUUGCCCUCGUCGCCGCGCCCUCGCUCGAGAGCCUUGUCCAGGUCGCAUCGACCAUGAUAGGGGACCUGAGCGCGGGGCACGAUCUCGAGGACGAUCCGAGCGCGUCGCCGCCUCGAACGCCGGCGCGCGACCGCUCCAAGCCGCCCAAGAAGGCCAGGCGGGUCACCCGCAGCACGCCAGAAGCCGCGCCCACCGUGCAGCCGCAACACAGCGCCAAGAAGCGCUGGCUCCGGCAGGCCAUCAGCGAGGAGAGCGACUCGCCUUCCGCAGAUGUAUUUGUUUCAGAAUCUCCCCCCAACGAAAUGGUGACACCGUUAAAGAAGAGAAGAUUAGCGAGGGAAUCGUUGUCUUGCGAACAGAACAUCAUUGUGCCUUGCCACGAGGAAGCUUCGCCCGUGUUAACGUCCGAGGAUUCGCCCGUCAAAGACGAUCCUCAAGCGUACAGCAGACAGUACAAAAUGAGGAACAUAAUGGAGGGCAUCUACGGCAGAGACCGCACGCGCUCCGACAGCGGCCAGGGCUCCGACGAGCACGGCGCCGACCACGACGCGCUCGCCGUCAGCCUCGGCGCCGCCGACAGCGACCACAUCCGCAGGAUCAUCGGCGUGCCCACGCCCGAGGACGAGCUGCCUCCCGACCUCAAGCCCGACGACUUCAACACCAACAACAACAACGUCGAGACCGACGACACCAACUACACCAAAGUGGUGCCCAUGGACAUCGACACCACGAUACCUACGCAGCUCAAGAUACAGGAAAACGACAGCCUCGAGGUGAAAGGCAUCGACAGCCCGACCGACAAACCCAACAGCUGCCAGUCCGCCGACACCAGCGGCAACUCGUCGCCGCAACGAGACGAGAUGGACGACAUCCAGAAGAAGAUCCACUCGUUUCACACGGAAAACAUACUCAUACUCAAGAGCAGAAACAAAAAACCGCCGAAGGAGAAACGGAAGAAGGUGAACUUGAACUUCGAUCUCAACAUGGUCGACGACCAGAUCAGUAUUCAGCUGCGCACCGAGAACGACUCCAACUCGAAGUCGCCGGAGAUCAACGGAGACGCGCAGGACGAGAUGGGCAACUCGAUACACGACGACAAGCUGCACGUCUCGCCCGAGAACAUCCCGCUGCCUCCGGUCGAGUCGAUACCGCUGCCGGCGCCCGAGAACAUACCCCUUCCCGAGGAGCCGAGCCCGCCGCCUGUGGCUUUGAUCCCGCCGCCCGAGACGAUACCUUUACCGGAGGAGCCGAUGAAACCGAUGACAAAAGUCAUCCAAGCCAUCCGGCCUGCCUCGCCCGUCGUCGAGAAAGUGGAGGAGCCGAAACCGAUCGGCGGCCUCGAGCGGCCGUCGGUUCUCGACAACUCCACGCUGCCGUUCUCCUCCCGUUUCAGCUCGACGGGGCUAUUCUCGGGCAUCUUCAGCAACAUCACGCAGUCCUUCAACGUGGACCCCGGCCCGAUCAACGAAAACGUGCCCAGCAUGUCGAUAAUAAAGAGUGCGAUAGACAGGACUACAAGUUUAGACAGUAGCUUAUUCGACAAGGACAGUGUUACGCCAGUGGACGAGUUGAAAAGCGUCCAGGAGAUAUUGACGCGAGUGAACAAUAUGGACUCUAAUAAUAGUGUGAUUCUGUCGGGAGUGCUGAAGAGUUCGAACAAGGCGAGCCUUCUGGCGCCGCCCAAGCCGGCCGGGGCCAAGCCCUACUGCCCGCGCAAUAACGACCCCCGCCUAAACCCUCCGCCUGUUGAGAAACCCAAGCCCGUCAGAAGAAAGCUCUCUAUAACCGAGUACCGCAAGCGGCAGUGCGGCACGGCCGGCGGCGACGACAGCGGCAGCGGCGGCGCCGGCGCCGCGGAAUCGGCGCCCGACUGGUCCUCGGGCUCCUCCGCCGGCGCCGAGCUGUCGCCGCAGCGGUUAGACGCCGCCGCCGCCGCAGCUGUGGAUGACCUUGAGCAGCGCCUGCAUCGGGAGCUCGCCUGCAUGCCCAAGGCUUCAAGCACAAGUUUCAAACGAUUAAAACUCGACUCAGCAAACUCGAGGAUCAACCUGAUACGUAGAGUGGACCACGAGUGGCUUUACGGGAGUCUUCGCAGCGGCGCCGAAGGUUUGUUCCCGUGCAGCUACGUCGAGAUCAAGGUGCCUCUCCCGAACGAGGCGAAGCCGGCCCACGUUGCCACGGCCACGGCUCUCUACGACUUCGAGCCGGCGCAACCAGGAGACCUACGCUUCCGUAUAGGAGACACCAUAACGGUACUGCAGAAAGUCAGCGAUGAAUGGUACUUUGGAGAAUGUAACGGCAUGAAAGGACAAUUCCCCGUCAAUUACGUGCAACUAAGCUAA